AUGUGGGCAGCAAAGGGAGCACCAGGUGGAGCAGCAGGCUCUGCAGCAGCACCAGCAACCGCAGCAGCAUCUUCUGCUGCUACCUCUGUUGCUCCUCAGCUUCCUAGGUUUUCCCCCUGUAACCUGCAGCAAACCCCCUGGGCUUCGUGGCGUUGCUUUUUAGAUAUCUCCAUAUCGAUUCUUGAAUGCCACACCUCUCAAUGUCGCUGCUCCUGCCGCAGCAGCAUUAGCAACACCUGUCGCAGCAACAGCGGUAGCAGUAGUAGCAACAGCAACACAUACACCUUCAGCAGCAAUGUCUAUAGCAAGAGUGACAGCAACAGCAACAGCAGCAAACGGUCAUUAUGCUGCUGUCGUUCUUGUUGCUCUUCCAAUGUUGCUGCGGAAGUUCCUCCGGAAUGGCCGCCGUUGAAGCGCAGUAGGAAGUGCAGCAGCAACAGCAGCAUUUGCAACAGUAAUAACUGCGCCUGCUGCAGCAGUAGUGGCUUGAAAACCAGCAGCAGCAGCAGCAAUAGAGCUUGCUUGCCUUCCAGCAGAUUCACGCCGGCGCUGCCAGAAAUUGCUGUUCCCAGUCAAGGGCCUACCGUGGCUGCUCCCAGCAGCAGCAGCAGCAGCAGUAGCGACGAGGGGUUGCGUCGUCGCUUGCUGUUUGCAUGGGCUUCUCUCUCGGCUUGCCGUGCUGCAGACAACCGUCUGCCUGCAGCAGCAGAAUUGCUGCUGCAGCUGCUGGAGGUGUUCCUAUCCGACGGCUUUUUCUUCCCGCGCAGCAGCAGCAGCAGCAACAGCAACGGCUUGUUGCGGCAUGCCUACGGGCUUGUGCUGGUGCGACAUGUUAACACCAUAGUUGAUGCAGCACAAAGCGGCCGAUUUGCUGCUGCUGUUGCUGCUGUUGCAGCAAAAGUCGGCCUUGACGCAGAGUGGGUGCAGCUGCGGCAUGAAGCAACCCACCACGAGCUGCCUCCGUUGCAGCAACUGCGAGAAGCUGCUGCCGCUGCGCUGCAGCAGCUGCUGCUCAACUACUGGCAACCGCAGCAAAACAAACUACGCUGUCUCCUCGUCUCCUGCUACAAUAGCAGCAGUAGUAGUAGUAGUAGUAGUAGCAGCAGUAGUAGCAACAGCAGUACCAGCACCCAACCAAGAAGCGACGAUACCAUCGCAACGCAACCCAUCCGGCAGAAGCAGCAGCACAAGAUAGCGCACAGUCUUGCUGCAGUUGCUGCUGGUGUCGCGAUGCCAACGGAGAGGCCGACGCUGCUUCGUUUGCUGCAGCAAGGGCAUGCAGAUUUGCUGCUGCGUGCUGCAGUCUUCACCUGCAGCAGCGACAGCAGCAGCAGCAACAGCGCGCACCCUAAUCUGCCGUUUCCUCUGCUGCUGCCAAAGAGGCUUCGCUUGCGUCCGCCGCUUUGUCCUUUUGCUAUUUCGCUGCAGCAACAGCAAAAGCAGCAGCAGCAUCAACAACGACAGGAGGGAAAGACCAACGCAACAAUCUGCGCUGCGCGGCUUGUGGGGUCAUGGCGGCGCAGGUGGGAUGCCGCAGCAGCUCGCAGCAGCAGCAGCAGUGUCUCUCGCAACGACAAGUUAUUGGUGCCUGCAGCCGACGAUGCUACCGAAGAUGUCUCUGCAGAGGCGUCGGAGCAGCAGCAACAGCAGCAGCAGCAGCAAGAACACAGUCAGGUAGAGGGAGCUUUGGCUCGACAACUAGUGGAGUGGGCGACUGCUGCUGUUGCUGCUGAUGUUGCAGCAGCAAAAACUGUGCAUGUGCUGCAGGAGAGGGACGAUAGUGAACUGCUGCUGCUGUCCUUUGCAGCUGAGUGCUGCUGCUGCUGCUUCAGCCCACACCAGCAUCCUGGGCUGCUGUUGCUACUGCUGCGACUUCUUGUUGCUACAACUCCGAUGUUUGCUGCUCAGCUGCUGCUGCUGCUGCUCGCCAUCGUCACUGCAGCACCAGACCCUGUCAGCAGCAACGCUUUGGACGAUGUGGCUGCAGCAGCACCACCAGAUGCGAACCCGACAGCUGCAGCUGCAGCAGCAGCAGCCUGGGGCCAGCAGAAAUACGCAGAUCGGGUACAGAGAUGGCUUCUGCUGCUGCGUAAGAAAGCGGCAGCAAAAGAAUUGGUGGUUUCCCUGCGGAAGCGGGUACGGGGGCGGUGCAGUAGCAGCAAAACAAACGGCGGCAGUACCAGCAACGGCGAGUUGUGCUGCUGCUGCGCAUGCACCGAAGAGCUGCUGCUUUUGGCCAGCAGCAACGUACGGCAGUGGCUGCUGCUGCUGUCAGGUGGACUGUCGUUUGCUGGCGCAGCUGCACUCCAGCAGCAGCAGCAGGAGUCGUCUUUGCAGCGCGCAGCAGCAGAGGCCACUGCGCUGCACUUCCAUUGCAACGACUUUCUGUUGCGGAGGUGCGCGGCUGCCAGCAGCAGCACCACCAACAAACCAACACCCAACAGCUGUUGUUCAGGUGAGCAAGUUGGGGCUGCAGGAGAGACGAAACCAGCAGCAGCAGAAGCAAUAGCUGCUGCUGCUGCUCCACCUGUUGUGGGCACGUGCGAAUUCGGAACAGCGGCGUACGCGGACUUCUGUGUUUUGUGGCCCUGUGCUGCUGAUGGUGAUGCUGCUGCGGCUCUCGUGUUGCUACAGCAGGCGGUCCUGCAACACAAGCAGCAACAACAGCAGCAGGAUGAGCAGCAGCAGCAACAGCAGCACCGAGAUGAACACCAGCAGCAGCAGCAGGACGACGAGCAGCAGCAGGAUGAGCAGCAGCAGCAAAGGGCUGCUGACUUGCCCUGCCUAUUGCUGCUGGCUGAGCGACGCAUGGCAACUGCUUGGUGUGUUGUGGGGCAGCGAUUUACUGCUGCUGCUGCUGCUGCUGCUGCAAGCCACACCAUUGCUGUCCUAAGAACUCUGUCGACUCUUGUAUGUGGGGCUGUUGCUGCUUCGGAGAAGGAGCAAGAGCAGCAGCAGCAGCACCAUGGCAGUGGCUGUAAAGGAGGGUGCAUUCCACUUGCAUUCCCAGCAGCAACAGCCCCAGUAGGACCCCUAGCAGCAGCAGCUUCUGCUGCAGCAACAGAUCAUGAUGGCGAAUGGGAUCAUCGGACAGCUGCUGCUGCUGCUGUUGCUUCUGUGGCGUUGCAUCGCAUGACCGGGGAGUUGCUGCAGCAGCAACAGCAGCAGCUUGCUGCUGUUGAGGAAAAUCCUCAGCAGCAGCAGCAGCAACAACAACAACAACAACAACAACAACAACAACAACAACAACAACAACAACAACAACAACAACAACAACAACAGCAACAGCAACAACAACAGCAACACCAACAGCGGCAGCAGCAUAUCAGGCAAAAGCAGCAGCAACAACGAGAACAGCAACAGCUGCCGCGGAGUCCAGCGACGCUGUUUUCUAUCUGCUCUGCUUCUGUGGAGUUUGCUGCUGCCGGUGCUGCUGAUGCACCAGGUGGACCCGUGCUGCAGCAGUUGCGUAAACACUGCAGCUGCGCGUUUAGCGGCGUUGCAGCAGUCAAGAUGGCAGCAGCGCGCCUGCAGCACCUGCUGCCGGCUGCAGCACCAACAGCAGCUGCAGCGGGCGUAGCAGGAGCAGCAGCAGGUCGCCUGCUGCUACUGCAGGAGUGCAGUCCUGGAAAAUGCAACAGCAUUGUAGCAUGCGCAGCAGCAGAACGUGAAGCCCUUCGGGUUGCUGCUGCUGCUGCUGCUGCUGACACUGAGGAGGAGCAAGAUGCCGAGUCAGCCGUGCAGCUGAUACACCCUUCUUCUGUUGUCCUAGAAAUGUUGCUGCGCCAGUCAUUCACGUAUGAAGGCCUCGACUCCCCGCAGAAGGCUGCUGAUAUUCUUGAACAGCUGCUGCAUUCUGCUGCUCCUUCGAAGCACGACGGCAGCAGAACAGCAUCCCAAACGGGAGAAACAGCUGCUGCUUCUGCUUCUGCUGAUGUGUCCGGCAUUCAAGAACUUACACGAGUUGGGGAGGCUGGGCCCACCGAAGCAGCAGUAGGAGAGGUAGAAAAAGGGACCAAUAGAAUAACAGCUGCACCUGCAGCCUCUAUGGCUCCCACGCAGGCAACAGAAGAUACUGUCGCCCACCCAACGAGAUCUGUAUCACUGGACCAGCAGCAGCAGCAGGAAGAGCACAUUAGUGGAGCCCUCCUGGAGCAGUAUCGAUCCACGCAGCGAGAGCAGCACCAUCCUCAGCAAGUCGGCGGAGCCCACGAGGAGCAGUAUCGAUCCACGCAGCAGCCGCAGGAGCAGCAGGUGCACGCGAACUUCCUGUCGUUGUUGUUGCAGGUCUCAAAACCUUUGCAGCGUCGCAGCACCGCACCUCCCCAGAGGCCGCAGCAGCAGCAGCAGAGUGGUAGGAGAGUAUCCUGGUUGAGUCCAUUCGAGCUUUGA